UGUCGCACAAACUAAGUCAGUGCGAACCCAGCCGCGCGCCGGGCCUGUGUCGCGCCAGCGCACAACUUGCCACUUCACACGACGAGCUUACUUCACGUUUGUGUUUUGUCGCGCGAAUCAUUAUACACAAAACUUUCGUGUUAAGCUUUCGCAAAAUUUAAUAUAACUUUACCGAAUCAACAAGAGAAGUGAAACGGAGGAAAGUAAUGACCGAAAACAAAUAUUUUGUUCAUUAAACCGACGAGGUUUAAGUGGGAUUCAUGUUCAGUGACUGUGGCGAGGAUGACAACCGCACAAUUAUUUAUUACAGAUAUGUUUCAUGAGCUAUGACCUGUUCCAGAUAAUAUAGCGUUUGUAAAUUGAACCCGGAUAGAUACGUCAAACACAAUACAGUACAGAUGUCAUAGAAUGCUAGUGAAUAAAAUGACUCGUCGAAAGUGCGUGUCGCGGUGGUUGGGUAGAUGGCAGCACCGGACGGUGACGCGCUGAGGCAGCAUGGCGACGCACGCGCAGGGCGGUCCGCUCGCGCGCCUCCUCGUUUUAGCAGUCUUACAUGUCAAUUUUAUAGCACUAGGUCUGGAACCGGACUUCCUAUAUCCAUUGGAGAACGUGACGAUCGCACAGGGCCGGGACGCCAUGUUUACCUGCGUGGUCAAUAACCUGGGUGGUUACAGGGUGAGUGGCGACACCGCCACUGCCAGGGUAGCGUGGAUCAAAGCGGACACGAAGGCGAUCCUCGCUAUACACGAGCACGUGAUCACGAACAACGCGCGGCUGAGCGUCACACACAAUGACUACAAUACCUGGACGCUUAACAUUAGAGGCGUCAAGCGAGAGGACAGAGGACAAUAUAUGUGCCAAGUUAACACUGACCCAAUGAAAAUGCAGACUGCAUUCCUGGAGGUAGUUAUUCCUCCUGACAUUAUAUAUGAAGAGACGUCUGGAGACAUGAUGGUCCCAGAAGGUGGUUCAGCGAAACUGGUCUGCAAGGCCAGAGGAUACCCUCCGCCCAAGAUUGUGUGGCGCAGGGAGGAUGGAGGAGAUAUUAUAUCUAGAGGAGGACCACAGGGAAAGACUAAAGUGACGUCAUUGGAGGGCGAGAUAGUGAACCUGACUAAAGUGACGCGCUCGGAGAUGGGCGCGUACCUAUGCAUCGCGGCGAACGGCGUGCCCCCCUCAGUCAGCAAGAGAAUAAUGCUGCAUGUACACUUUCAUCCAUUGGUGCAAGUACCAAACCAGCUGGUUGGGGCCCCGACAGGCACUGACGUCACGCUCCAGUGUCACGUGGAGGCCUCGCCCAAAGCCAUCAACUACUGGACGAGGGAGAACGGUGAAAUGAUAAUAUCGAACGAUAAAUACCAGAUGACUGAGAUCAACAGCUCUGCGUACAGCGUGCAGAUGCGUCUCGUUAUUCGGAACAUACAGAGGAGCGACCUCGGGGGCUACAAGUGCAUCUCUAAGAACUCUAUAGGCGACGCCGAGGGCAACAUUAGGUUAUACGAAAUGGAGUUGCCUAACCGCAAGUCUCGUGACGAUGACGAUGAUGACUUUUCCAUCGAAGAGACAAAUGACGUCCGCUCCAGUCUCCAGGGUCCCUUGCGUGAAGGUGGGCCGCGGGACGAGGACGCGAGCUUCCUCGGCGGGGGAGCGCCCGCCUCCGCCGCAGCCAGCCCCCUCACCCCGAAGUUCUUUUUAAUAACAGCGUUAAUCCUCGCCACAAUAUGCUAAACUUUCUCCUUCAAGUCAUGUGCAAAGUUAAGACUCCAAAAAUUACAUCGUUCAAAAUUUUCUGUUUCAUACUUCAAAAUAAUCCGUGAAUGCUUAAUUCGUCACGUAUUUAUCGCGCAUGUAAUAAUUAAACUAAUUCUUUUCUGUCUUGAACUUGUCUUAAAAUUGCGCGUGGCUCGGCAUUGUUUGUGAUCUCAGCUAGCAGAAGUGUCUAUGUCUCAGUAAUUGGACAGACACAAGUGUUUAUCGUUUAGAUUAAAGACUGUGGUACGUUUUAUAGUUAAUGGUGAAUGGACGUUGAGUAAGUGAUUGUAACUACGUAAUAGUCAUUAGCAUUUCAUCGGAUGUCAGCUUAUAUUAACCAUGUAAAUGCUUAAUCUAUUGAAAUAAUAAUUAUUGAUUUUAUAAUAAGAAACAUGACAGUACUUUAACGUGUCGAAUAUAUACUAAACACUAAUUCCUUUUCAGUUUUCUUUGGAAGUAUAUUCUUUCUCUGAGCUACUUAUAUUGCUGUUGUAUCAUAUUUUCCACUUACAUUCAUAAAGUUUGUUUGUAUGGCGUCACAUACACAUGUAACUAUUCAGUGUCAUUAAAAUUGUAUAUCUUAAAUAAUAAACUGUUAAUGUAUGUACAUAAAUAUAAUGUAGCUAUGCGGUUAUAA